UACCCUGCCACUGCCUCCGGGCCAGGAGAGGCAACGAGUAGUAAACUCAGUGGGCCCAGAUUUCUCAGUUUUCUGCCUGUCCCGAAGCCGAAGCGUGCCAGGGAUGAGCGUAAGGUCUGAGCGUGGGGUUGCGCGUCUCGGUGCGGGGCGCCAGCGGGCCAUGCCUGGGGACUCUCCGUCGCUGUGGGAGCUGGUGGAGGAGAACGUUCCGCUCCCGGAGCGGCCCGAAGUGAAGAGGAUUCUGGGGGAGACGACAGUGGACCUGAGCCUGGAGCUGUGGGCAGAGGUGGUGAUGUUACAGUCAUUGCUCCGAGAGGCUCGAUCCUCCCAAUCCCCUCGCUCCCGCCCCAUCUCUGACCCAUCCUCCCUUCUGGCCCCCCCACCCCUCCUAAGAGACCUUGUGCGCCAGGAACUGCGGCAGCUGCUCCAAGGUCUCCGCCAGAAGGCCAUCUAUGAGGGCAGGGACCAGACCGAGGCUUGGGUCCAGUAUAGCCCCAGGGUCUUGCGUUUUGCAUUGGAGGAGCCCAGGUGUGAUUUUCCAGAACAGGAGAUAUCCCAGAUGAGAGCUGGUGAACCCAGCAGUCUCAGAGACCUUAGUGUCAUCAAGGAUGAAUUGAACAUGUCCAACAUUGACCAGGUUGCCGGACACCUGCGAGGCCUCUUGGAAGAGGAGUGUCACACCUUAGAGAGGAAGAUCCCCAUCCUGCAGCGCUGCCUGGAAGAAGAGUAUACAGGGGCACCCCAGCCCUCUGAGGCAAUCCUAGAGCCCACCCUGGCAGAGCUAAAGGAACAGAAGGCAGCCAUGCAACUGGAGCUGCAGGCACCUCUGAGGCCUUCCUGUGUCUCCCUCGGCCACAGGCAGCAGCCCUCAGGUUCAUCCAGCCAGGGCCUCAGACCCUUGUCUUGCCUCCGUGGGACUACUGGAGUUUUGGCUGGGCCUCUCCAGUGCUGCCUGCCUGCCCCUCCUCUGGAAUGCAGGCCUCAACGCCUGGCUGCCACCUGCCGCUGGGGACGGAAGCUUCAGUACAGCCCCAGGAAAAGGCUAGCUUCUACCCCAAUGUCCAGUGCAGCACCCCAGGCCCCAACCUGAUGGGCUAGUCACAAAGUAGGCUUUAGCUUCAGCUUCUGCUGGAACUCUCCCCAUCUGCUGCAGCCACCUCUCAGCUGCUGCAGCACAGCUACCUCAGAUUUAGUCUUGGAUGGGCCCUCACCAGGACCCAGAGGCUGUCUGGCUGGCUGGUUCUCACCCCACCCCUUGCCAAGUCCCUGAUAUCUGGUCCUGACCAUCACAGCCUUUGGCCUUUCUCCUCCCAGGCCUCCAGAAAGGCCUGCUGAGCACGAGCAGUGCAGAAGUCUCAUCCCAGCCCUGACUCCUGUCCCUCUGGGGGACCCAGACAAAGCACAGUAGCAGCUCAGAGACAGGAAUAGAAAUUUCAUUAAAAUCUAUGGACUUUAAAA